AUGGCGGCUGGACAUAGAGCUAUCGUUAGAGAUCGUAUGUAUCUGAGGCAAGUGCCACGUCCUCGUGUUUUUCGCGAUAGGAGUAACCCUCUGGAGGACCUAAGGGAAGAGGAGAUAUUUGCUCGUUAUCGUUUCCGGCCGGAUACGAUCUACUUCAUUGUUGAUUUAUGCCAGGCAGCUGCCCGGGACACAGGCAGAUGUUUCGCAAUACCUUUGGUGUUGUGCGUUUUAAGCUAUCUGCGGUUUUUGGCAACAGGAGCUUUCCAGUUGACUGUCGGUGACACUGUCAACCUGAGCCAGCCCACAGUAAGCAGAGUUUGCCGCCAGGUUGGACAGGUGCUUUCUGCUCUUGCAGACCGGUAUAUCUGCUUCCCCUCCGGUGAUCGUGUCCGCCAAGUGAAGCAGCAGUUCGGUGCCAUGGCUGGCUUUCCCAACGUUGUCGGGGUAAUUGAUUGCACCCAUGUUUCGAUAAAGAAGCCAUCGGCCAAUCCAGAGGAUUACAUUGGGAGGAAAGGAAUACCUACAAUAAAUGUUCAGGAUUACAUCAGCAGUAGUGAUGUGGCCAGGGAGGACACACGAUGCACGAAUCUGGCGCCAAUGUGCACUCCGAAGGAGGUUUUAAGACGGUAUGACCAUGUUGUAUAUGACUUAAUCAAUGGAUACAUUGGUGAUAUGCAAGGGUUUUUACUUGCUGACAGUGGGUAUGCCUGUACAAGGUAUAUGUUAACCCCCUACAUGAAUCCUGUGGGAGAGGCACAGGCACGUUACAAUGGGGCACUGUGUCGCACAAGGGUCACUGUUGAGCAAACCUUUGGAAUUUUAAAGCAAAGAUUUCAGGUACUUCGGAGGAAGUUGAAUUGUUAUCCAGAAAGGGCAUGUGUGCAUAUCAGAAACUGCAUCACAUUGCACAAUCUGGGGAUCGAUCGGAGGGAUAUCGUUGCUGUUGACCCAAUUGACCCCAAUGAUAACCCCCAUUAUCAUGGAGUUGAUGUUGGGGACAACAUGGAUGGGAGGGCCGCCAGGGAGUACGUGACCAGAAUGUACUUUGAGCGAUAG